CAUCCCGACCGUUAAAAGAUUUAUGUGGUCUCUAGGGUUUUGAAGGUCGCGCGACGCGAGCGAAAAUCGAGGCGCUCGCAAUGGCGAUUGCGUGCGUCGGCCUCGGGCGAUUCGGCGCCUCCACCGCGGCCACAUUCCCAGAGAUUUGCAGUGGCAGCGCCAUUGCCCCAGGAUAUGCUCCUCCUCCUCGGCAGGAAUUUUCUGGGAGGAAGCACGGGAGGAACAGUCGGUUUCAUCGUCAGUGGAGGGCAUCUUGGCUUCUCUUGUCACCUGAGACAUUUCUUUCCCGGGAUUUGUCGCGCACCACCAGAGGCUGUGCUGCGGUCACGAGUGGUAACCUUGAUGCUGCUUUACCCGAGAAGGGCCCCGGAGAGUUCUUGCUUGCCGAGGUCAGGAAAAGGAGGGAAGAACUUGCGGCCCUAGUCAGGAAAGAUGGCGAGCGAGAUCCACUUUGGAAGCAAAAGCUGCCGCUCUGGGCCGUGAGGAAGCUUCAGGGGCGUGAGUUGACGAAGACGAUCAUGGAGCUGAGUCGAAAGAGACGUUUGAAAGAGAUUUUUGAGAUUCUGGAUUGUGCAAAGGAGAAGAAACUAGUGAAUCGGAAAACGAUGAACGCUGUGAUGGAAGCUUGCGUGCAUUGUGGUGAUAUUCAUCGAACCAUGCAGCUUUUCCAAUACAUGGUACAACCAGAUGCUUGUGGAGUUGACGAAAUCACUUACGGCACUCUUAUAAAGGGGCUUGGAAAGGCAGGACUUUUGGACGCUGCUUUCCAGAUUUUGGAAUCGAUGGACCUUGGCACAGCUCCUGGCAAACCAAAACUUUCACUGAUUCAUCUCAACACGCUAAUAAAUGCCUGUGCCAAUGCUGGGGAUGCAAGGCGCGCUCGAGGUGCUCUUAAACGAUACCACUCCGUAAUAAAAGACGAAGGUCCGUCCCUGGUGACAUACAAUAUGCUGAUCAAGGGGUACGCUCGAUCAGAGAACCCUUUGGAGGCUCUAAAAGUUAGAGAAGAGAUGCAGCUGCGUGGAAUGCAGUUAAACAAGCUUUCGUGGAAUUCGCUUGUCAUGGCAUGCGUUAGAGGACAAGACAUGGACGCGGCACUUGAGAUUCUAGAGGAGAUGAAGGAAGCAGGAAAAUACUCUGUAGAUUUGGCACCAGAUGUGGUAACGUACACGACCCUCAUAAAGGGUCUUGCAGAUGCUGGAAAUCUGGACGGCGUGUUGAAGAUGGUGGCUGAAAUGAAAGCAUCCACGUCUUGCGUGAUAGAUCGCGUUGGAUACACUGCGAUCAUCGACGCUUGCAUAACAGCUGGCUCGCCUACAGACGCUUUGACAUUCUUUCAAGAAAUGGAAUGUCUGGCAAAGGAAGACCGUCGACUAAGGCCACGAGUGCAUGCUUUCCUUUCUAUGAUGAGGGCGUUUUCAGAGAUAGGUGACGUCGAGAAAGUUUCGCUUCUCAAGUCGAGAAUGGCUGUGGGAUCUGCCGGGCACAUUUGGGCGGAGGAUCGACUAGAGGCAGAUGAGCUACUAAUCGAAGCUGCAGUGGUCAGUGGCGAGAUAACUCUUGCACGGAACGUUCUGAAGAACAUGACAAGCCUGAAUAAAGCUCUACACUUGAGUCAGCGUGGAUUCACGGCCAUCGUACGCCUCCAGGCAAUGACUAAUUUUACUGAGAACAUGUUUCAACCAUUCAUUAUAAGAGAACAGAUAUCAUUGAAGGCUUCGUUGGAGAGCAUCAUUCCCAGCUUGAAGACUCUACAGCCGCUUUCGUCUUCCCAAAAGGUGAAGGAUGUGCUGAUGUGCUUCCUCGAUCGAGAUGUACUUCCUGUAGUGUCUGAUGAGAACGGCCAGUGCAUUGGAGCUGUUCAUGCCAGAGACUGCAACCAGGUGGAUCCAUUGCUUGUGGACGUCAUGCAAGAUCCUCCAUCUCUGAUACCAGGCACGGCAUCAGUGAGAACCGCCAUUGACUUCCUGGUUGCACCCCGAGUAACUUUGGUAGGAGUGAGUUCUGGGUCCGGGGAAUUAAGCUUCCUCACGAGAGAGGUUCUUUUCAGCUUUUUGUCUCAAUCUUCAAAUUAAUCUUUUCUCGCAAA